GCCACCGCGCCCGGCCCAGAAAUGUUCUUAUAGAUUCCAAAUGGACAGUAAUUCUCCAAACCCCCUCCCACAGCUACUGCUCCCCACCUUAAGACAGCACCUAAUGACCCUGCCAGAUAGGGCCAGGCUGGACAGGCAUAGGAGAACUUACUCUCGCUGCCUGUGUCUGGGGCAGUUUCUGGGUUAUGCCUAAGUGCACACACUUCCUUGGGGUUGGGGGUGGGUGAGAACAGCCUUUGACCUGCAAACCUGGGUUCCAGUCCCCAUUCUGCCCUUGCUCCCCUUAGUCCACAAAGCUGCUCGACCUCCAAGCUUCGGUUUCCUUCUGUGGGUGAUGGCGAGGCUGGAGCUACCCCAAGGGACUGUCAUGGGGCUAAAUAAUGGAUGUGAAAGGCCUUAACCCAGUGCCAGGCACACAGCAGGUCCCAGAAAAAGGAUGUGCCAUCCUCUCACUUUCUGUUUACCCCACCCGUCCUCAUCCUUCACUGAGUGAGUGUUUUCCUGCUCUUGAGUAGCUACCCACAGACACAGAACCACCCAGGCUUAAGGCAACCUCUUGGGAUUCCGUGGCAACACUGAGAAAGCCUGUGUGGAUUUUUCUAUCCUCGCUCGUGUUACCUUUCCCACAUCUGGCCUUGCUUAGAAAGAACGAUGUUUGAGGCUGUUUGUUUAGUAGAGAGCUCUGUUAGCUGAGGAGGGACAGAUUAAAGGCCGUGGGGACAGCCAAGCCUGUCCAAGUCCCCUUGCCUGGUGUGGCUCAGCCCGGCAGCGUUGGGAAGGAGAGCACCAGGUGAAAGUUUUGGCGUCCUCCCAGCUCGUUGCUAAUUCGUUAUUUGUAUGAUGACUGAUGCAGUGCAUUUUUGACCCUCUCAGUCUCAACUUCCUCAUCAGGGAAACAGGAACAAAGGUACCUUCUGUGAGAUGUGCAGCAUCUGGCCCAGAGUAGAAGGUGAUGAUGAUGAUGAAGAUGAUGAUGAUAGCUCAGCCCUUAGAGAGCACUGCUGACAGGCCAGGAAUGCUUUAAGCACUUCAUAUUCAUUGACCCUCUUAAUCUUCUUGGCAACCCUAGGAGGUGGGCGCUAUUAUUCUUUUUCUUUACAGAUGAGGAAACUGAGGCACAGUGAGGUUAAGUGACUCUGGGCAGGAUGUACUGCCAGUGAAUGACAGGGCUGGGAAUUGGACCCAGGCUGUCUUGCUCCAUAGCCCCCGACCCUCAUCACUGCCCUCAGACCCAGGUGACAUUAAUUAUGUCAAGCUGUGUCUCCUCCCUACAACCUUCCCUGCACUGUUGGGGAAAAGGACACAAAGAGCAGGUGUUGCUUGUUCUGAAAAGUACUUACUUUUAAUUAAACUAAAAAUGUCCCUUUCGUGUUGUUUCUCUAGAGAGUCAGAGGCAGGGCAGCCCCUCCCUGGGCACCUGCUCCCUCCUUCAGGCCCCCGUGGGCCUCUCGGUGUGAUAUUAAUGUCUGAAGGCCUCCGACUCAUCCAUUAUUGAUGGGGCAUGGGUACACUGUGGGGAGAGGGUGAGAUUGAGGCCCAGGCAGUCUUAACAGCUCAGGAAGUUCUUUUUAUCCCUGUCCCUGGUGGAAAAGUGCAUUACAGGUGACAGGCGCAAAAGCAGCUGUGACCAAAGCUACUGCCAGCCGUGGGUAGGGCAUGAUUAUCAUUUGUUAUUGCCCCCUACUGAGCACCCACUUCUCAUUCAGGAUUUAGGAAAAAAAUUACAGCAAUGGCAACACCACUUCUCUGAUCUUGAGUCUUAGGUUCACGUCUCUCUGUUCCUUCACAAAAUGCCUAGCUGUCUGUUUCCUGCCAGUUAGAAGAAUAUGCCAGACUCAGAACUACCUCCCGGCCCGGCCCAAUGAGAUCUGUGACCUGCCCCCAGCCCUGUUGUGAGUGCACACACUUCCUUGGGGUUGGGGGUGGGUGAGAACAGCCUUCGACCUGCAGACCUGGGUUCCAGUCCCCAUUCUGCCCUUGCCCCCCUUAGUCCACCGAGCUGCUCGACCUCCGAGCUUCGGUUUCCUUCUGUGGGUGAUGGCGAGGCUGGAGCUACCCCAAGGGACUGUCAUGAGGCUAAAUAAUGGAUGUGAAAGGCCUUAACCCAGUGCCGGGCACACAGCAGGUCCCAGAAAAAGGAUGUGCCAUCCUCUCACUUUCUGUUUACUCCACCUGUCCUUAUCCUUCAGGGUUUCAGCAAGAUCCGCUUGUCCUGGCCCUCUUUGACUCAUUCCUCCCCCAUUUCGGUGUUGUGCACGUUGGUUAAAACUCUUUGGGGCAGGCUCUCCAAAUGUAGUAUUUUUACAACAGGAAGUGGUCUUAGAGCUCAUGCAGCUCAGAGCUUUCUGUUUGCAGUUUGGGACAGGAAGCUUCUGCACGAAGGUCCCCUGGCACCCGUCCAGUGCUCCUUAAGUGACUAUCUUCUUUCCCCACACUGAGUGCCUUGAUAGGGCUCAGAGGCUUCGCGUGAGCACUUAGCAUUUACUGUGUAUAUCUGAGCCAAGCAGGGACAGAAACUGUCUCACCGAUCCUCACGCCCUCUCCCCAUGCUCAGUGUCCUGAGUAUUUUCUUCUAUUUUUCAGAUGAAGAAACUGAGGCUCAGAGAAGUUAAGAGACUCCAUUGAGGUCACACAGCCGAUGACAGACAACCUUCUGUGCCUUCAUCAAGCUGGUUGCAUACCCACCGUGUCUCUGGCGAGAGCAUGAGAAAGAAAAAGCCCUAAUUAAGGAUCAUCAGAAACCACAGUUGGAGGAGGACGGCAGAGACAGCUUCCCUCCCCACUAUACCAAGACCCUUCCUUCGAGGUCCUUGCUCCUGAGGGACCCUGGACUGUCACAGCGAUUAAUGACCCCUUAUCUUGUUUGGAUGGGAAAGGAAAUCACUGGUUAAAGCUUGAUCAGGAGACAUUAUCAGCUCUUUAAGGAUCGCAGAAGAAUAGGCUACUUUAUUUUCUGAAAAGGAGGGAGUUCUGCUACCCAUCGUGGGAGGCCGCCAUCAGGGCUGCGAAGAUGGUGACCCUGCGGAAGAGGACCCUGAAAGUGCUCACCUUCCUCGUGCUCUUCAUCUUCCUCACCUCCUUCUUCCUGAACUACUCCCACACCAUGGUGGCCACCACCUGGUUCCCCAAGCAGAUGGUCCUGGAGCUCUCCGAGAACCUGAAGAGGCUGAUCAAGCACAGGCCCUGCACCUGCACCCACUGCAUCGGGCAGCGCAAGCUCUCGGUCUGGUUCGACGAGAGGUUCAACCAGACUGUGCAGCCGCUGCUGACCGCCCAGAAUGCGCUCUUGGAGGACGACACCUACCGAUGGUGGCUGAGGCUCCAGCGGGAGAAGAAGCCCAAUAACUUGAACGACACCAUCAAGGAACUGUUCAGAGUGGUGCCUGGGAAUGUGGACCCCAUGCUGGAGAAGAGGUCGGUGGGCUGCCGGCGCUGUGCCGUUGUGGGCAACUCAGGCAACCUGAGGGAGUCUUCUUAUGGGCCUGAGAUAGACAGGCACGACUUUGUGCUCCGGAUGAACAAGGCGCCCACGGCAGGGUUUGAGGCUGAUGUUGGGACGAAGACCACCCACCAUCUGGUGUACCCUGAGAGCUUCCGGGAGCUGGGAGAUAAUGUCAGCAUGAUCCUGGUGCCCUUCAAGACCAUCGACUUGGAGUGGGUGGUGAGCGCCACCACCACGGGCACCAUUUCCCACACCUACGUCCCAGUUCCUGCAAAGAUCAGAGUGAAACAGGAUAAGAUCCUGAUCUACCACCCAGCCUUCAUCAAGUAUGUGUUUGACAACUGGCUGCAAGGGCACGGGCGGUACCCAUCUACCGGCAUCCUCUCGGUCAUCUUCUCAAUGCAUGUCUGCGAUGAGGUGGACCUGUACGGCUUCGGGGCAGACAGCAAAGGGAACUGGCACCACUACUGGGAGAACAACCCGUCCGCGGGGGCUUUUCGCAAGACGGGGGUGCACGAUGCAGACUUCGAGUCUAAUGUGACGGCCACCUUGGCCUCCAUCAAUAAAAUCCGGAUCUUCAAGGGGAGAUGACGCAGUGAAGGGUGGAGGAUGGACGCACUGUCACACCUCUGUGUUUCCAGCCCCAGCAUCUUGCCGGAGCCGUUUCAUCCCGGAGCUUGGAGGGGCAGCCUCAGGUGUGUGCCCAGGCACCGCUCGCAGCCUCUUGCACCCAGCCAUUGGCAGCAUCUAUUCAGCAAGGUCACUAAGCUCUGCCAGCGUGGCAGAGCAUGUCUCGGAACCUGUCUUGAGUGGGGACAGCAUCCCCCCACCGCUGCCCCAGAGCUGGGGAGGCGCUGGGAAAGGUUCAACCUCCACACACUAAAAUCAUUUUAGCUCCCGGAGCGAGCUUGGGGAACAAAUGUGGAAGGCGCCUAUAUUCUGAGAGACAGGACAGUUUCCCAGGAAGAUGGGCAGAGACUUGAGUGGCGAUUCUGUCUAGCACAGAGACAUGCCAGGCGCUGUUGGCACCCGGGGCAAGAUGCUGCCCUUCUUUGCACGAAGCCUGGCCUCUCGCUUGGCGUGACAACCCUGUCAUCUUCUUCCCAAAACUCAUUUAUGAGCCACCAGAGGCUCCUACCCCAAAGAUUUUCACAGAAACUUGAGGCCAGGUGCCGUGGCUCACACCUAUAAUCCCAACACUUUGGGAGGCCGAGGCGGGAGGAUCACUUGAGCCCAGGAGUUCAAGACCAGUCUGAGCAACAUAGUGAGACUCCUGUCUCUACAAAAAUUAAAGAUUUAAAAAAAUUAGCCAGGCAUGGUGGCACACACUUGUAGCCCCAGCUACUAGGGAGGCUGAGGAGGGAAGAUCUCUUGUGCCCAGAAGUUUGAGGCUGCAGUGAGCUGUGAUCACACCACUGCACUCCAGCCUGGGCAACAGAGUGAGACCCUGUCUCUGAAAAAAAAAAAAAAGGAAAAGAAAAAAUCCCCAAACUUGGCGCCGUGUUUCUGACUCCUGCAGAUACCUCUUCCCAAGCAGAUGUUCCUUUGAGUAGUCCAUCUCGUGGUUCUAAUCGUGGCGAGAGCGGAUCUGACCACUUCCAUGUGCCUUUGUAUUUGGGAAAGAAAAGCAUGCAUGGGCUGAAAUGAAACAAAAGCCCUUACUUGGGAAAAGGGACCCCCACCAGCGGCCCUGCUUGCUCUCUGGCUGGGAACAUCUUUUCUGGUUUCCUGAGCCAGCACCUGAAUUGGAACAAAGCUCUGAGGAUAUUCAACAGCACCCAGCAGCGCGUCAGAAUGGAACGUACAUUCUCAUUCUCACACUCUUCAAUAGGGUGCCCGCAACCUCCAAAGCCACACGGGAGGCUGCCAGCAGCAUUUUCCCCGAGGGCCUGAGCUCAGGGUCAAGUCCCUGCUGGCCAUCUUGGGGCUGUCACUGGGGGUCUGGGCCAAGGAUAUCCCAGGAAUGGUGACUGCCACAUACCUCAUCUUCUUACUCCCCAGCUGUUAUCCUUUCCUUGUUAGCCUUCGUGAUUAUUUAUUGAUUCUUUUUUUAAUUCAACUGACAUUGUUGCACCCUGGCUCUGUUGGUGGUCCUGGUGUUUUAAUGAAACUUGCCUCACCCAGUAGCUGGGAAACGGGGGUGUGUUUAAGGGGGGUCUGUAGGAGUCCUCAGACGUGGGGUGUUGGGGGUAUCUAGGGCUUGGAUGGUUUGUGGAAUGUCCUCAGCAUCCUCCUGUUCCAACCCAACCUUCCUUCUUCCUCAUUGUGGACUUGGAUUUAUUCUCAGGCUAGGAGUCUCCAAAACUCUGCGAAACCUUACUGCUGCUGGGUGGGGAGUGGAGAGUAACAGAAAUGUGGGAACCAGUGAUUGUUGGCUCCAGUUACUAAUGUUUAAGCAGGAAAACCACUUUUCUUGUUGAAAAUAUCCCGGAAAAGGCCACUGCUGCUUUGAGGAGGCGUGACUUUUUCCUGGUGGAGUGUGACGGAGGCGUGGGGCCUGUGCUCCCAGGCGCAGGGGAGCCCCCUCUGCACACGGGGAGGGAGGAGCUUGGGGACACCAGUCAUGGGCCACAGGUGGCUUCAGGCCAUUCACAAGAGUCCCCGGAAGUUGCAUGCCAAGUUUGGUUUUUCCCUGAAUCUCUACUUAGGAGCAUUUUUCUGGAGAGAGGAUCUAUAGCUUUUAUCAGAUUCUCAAAGGUUCAGAAUGGGGAAUGUGUUAAACAGAAAACCUGUUUCAGCUUUAAAAUCCUCCAAAACUUUAAGAUUUUUUUUUUUUUUUCUGAGAAAGGCUGGUAAAUCGCUGAGUCGUCAUUCAGAACAUACAGCCACAGCCAUGUACGAGGUGAAGAACUCAGCAAAGGUUUGUUGAGUGGCUGAGUGACUCCAGGGGCAGACUCCAGAUCAUCAGACACUGAAACAGAGAGUGUUGCUAUCUCCUGAACUCUUCCCUUUCUCCUAAAAGCUGAGUCUAUACAGGGAUGGCAGGCUCGGGCUGAGCAAUCGACUUCUCUGGGUUUUGCUGUGCAGGAAUAGGUCCCUCGACAUGAAGAGGCAUCUGUGUCUGAGCCACAUGCUGCCUGGGUCGAUGGCCUGGUCUCCGUCUGGUCUCCCCAUCUCCCACUAGGAUGGUCAAGCUGUGAGAUCUCUUCCAGCCUCCAAAUCCAGCUUUGCCGUUAUACUGAUGAGAAAAUCAAGGCCACAUUGCAGCUGGGUGGGGAGUGGAGCGUGACAGGCAUGGGAGAGGACAGUGAUUGUUGACUCUAGUUACUGAUGUUUAAUCAGAAAAACCACUUUUCCUGUUGAGCACAUUUCCUAAAAGGCUGCUGCUAUGUAGGGGGGUGUGGCCUUUUGCUGGUGAAGUGUGAAGGAGGGAAGUGACGGGCAGUGGUGAACUGUCUGGGACAGAUAGCACAAGUCAGAGUUUGAGCAGAAAAAGGGUGUUACCGGCGCUAUGUUGAAAUUGUCUGGAGGCGGGCUUUCCCAGCAAGUCUCCAUUCAGCGUCUGGAAAAAGUGUAACCAGAAUGGAGGCAUCUGACUCUCCUGGGCUCUCUCAGCACCGAGCUCUGUCCGCAGGCUGCCUGGGUGGCCUCUCAUGCCCUCCAGUGCAGGAGACCACAUUUCUCUUUCCCAUAGCAGAUAGCUCUUAUGUUUCAUUGGCUCAGCAAUGGGCACUUAAUGGAAUAAAAGCCAGUUGUUGCAGCCAGAAUUAAAUGCACCAGUUUGGCUUAAACCAACUGGAACUCAUCCCUGGGGUGAAGGUGGCUGGGAAUUAGACAAGAGUGUGUAUUAGCCAAAGGGCAGUAUGCAUGCUGUCAGUAGGAGUACGACGAGCACUCGUGGCAGGCACGUAGUGCCGGGGGCUCCCGCAGGCCCCUGAAUCCCAGCCCACAACUCUUUCUACUCUACAGACAGAGAGUUCCUUGGAGACUGGCCCUGCGUUCAGGCAGAGAACAGAGGGGUCCCUGCCUGCAGCACCCAGCGCUGAACCUGAAGCUGCAAAGAUAGGCUGACGAAGUGGCCCAUGAGGUGUCAGCAACGUCCCAGCCGCCUGGGUCUCCCCAGUGAGUCAGGGCACUGAUUUGCUCUAGCUGGAGCUACAUGCACCUCGCCUGCCCUCAGCCACCUUUUAGGGGAGAAAGGAGGACAGAGUUAUAACCUCUGGUUCUCUGCAGGGAUUCUGGGCUGGAAGAAAGUUCAUAAAUGGAUGAAUGCCUUUUAAAACUCUGGCUUUUCCAAACAUCAUUCAGCAAAGCAUUUGGUUAGGCUUAGAGAGAAAAGCCAGAUAUGAGAAAAUAGAACGUAAAAUAGGGGGAAAAAACAGAAAGAAGGUAGAGAUAUCUGGGUGAUUCUUUAGGGAAAGGGCUGGUUGGGAGGCUUUGAUGGAAUCCCAUUCUCUGCCGUGGCCAGAAGGUGGUGCUAGAGGCCAGUCCCACCUGGAUGUGACUCCAGCCUCUUGGCAAAGGUGGAUUAAAACCACAAAGAACAUUUAGAACGGGUAUGUUUGCUUUGAAGUAGUCUGAAGAUAAAUAAAAAGGAAACCAAAAGAACUCUCUCUCCCUCCCCUGGCUAGGAUCAAAAAUGCUGUGUGCAGGGAAGCCCAAGCCUCAAGGGGCCACUGUCCAGCUAAAGACGACUGUACACCAGCCAUGCGCCAUCAGGAACCAGCGCCUGUCCUCGCCCCUGAGAACAGCCCCGGGGCUAUCAUUAUAUCCAUCGUGAACAUCUGGUUUGCAGCAAAUGUGGCUACAUGCCAUCAGGAUUAUCCUGCCCUGUGAACUGGGCUAGCCAGUUUUGAGAUAGAGUCAGCCUCCCCAUUUUUGUUUAUCAUGAAAACACCAGCUCCUGCACCUCUGGGGUGCUCCCUGACACCUGUGCAAAGAAAAAGAGGAAGACUUAGAAGAAAAGGCAGAGACAGGCAAGGCAGCAUCUCACAGCUUGUCAGGAUCAGGGCAUUACCGACUUUUUUUUUCUUACCAAGAGAGCACUGAAUUGCCUGUGGGCAGUGAGCCACCUUUACACCUGUUCUCCCUCCCAGCCCAUCAGGCGAUCCCAUCAUCCAGCCUCAUCACUCAGCUGCUUCCUAGUACAAAACUGCCAUUGGUUGCACGUCCUGAGCUGGGGGACGUCAGCUUUAACCCUAGCCUGUGUCAGGGCCUCCCCCUUCAGCCCCCCGCCCCUUAGGGUGAUCGCGGUUUCCUUCCCUUCCUCCUGCACAAUCGCUUCCCUUCACUGAAUUCCCUUCAAAGCCAAAGUUUCUUGAGCACUUUUUCUUGUGUGCAGUCUUGUGUGUUUGGCUGUUGGUGUUUUAAAAUUUGCUUUCUAUUCCCCCUCGCCUCUCUCCAUGUCGUUGCGCAGCUGAGCACUGGUUGGGAUGCAUUCAAAUAACGUUAGCAAGAUCCUGCUUUCCUCAGCCCCCGCUCUGUUUUAUUUAUUGUUUAAUAUUUCCAAUGAUCCAAAUCAAAGUGAAUAAAUAAAGAGCUAUUUUAUCGUU